GAUGCUUGUAACAAUCGAACAAAAUAACAUGUACAGAACACGCGAAAUAAUGAAAACUUUUAUUGUUGUUGUUUUGUUGGCGGUUAUUUGUGCCGUGACAAAAACUGAAGAUGUUUGUCACAAUCAUGUAAUUAGAGCUUGUUCUGGUGAUAGUUACUCUGGCUCCAUUUGUAGUUCCCGUAAUGGUGGUAUUAAUCACAUCGAACCAGAGGUUCAGGCUUAUAUUAAUUCCCAUUUUAUUAAAUCUUUUGAAUAUUUGUUGAUGGCCACAUACUUCAAUUCCCGCGAAAAGAAUAGACCUGGCUUUCAAAGACUCUAUCAAGGUCUCUCCGAUCGUUCAUUCGAUGACGGCAUUGAAAUUAUCAAACAAUUGUCCCGCCGUGGUGGCAAGCUUGAUUUGAAUGUUAUUCACGAAAGUCCCGCUAGACUUGAGAAAAAACUUAUAAACUUGGAAACCGAUGAAUUGCACUCUUUGGCUAUAGCCUUAGAUACUGAGAAAGAAUUGUUCAACGGUGCUAUUCAUAUUCACACUCGAUCUCUUCAUGCUAGUGAACGUGACCCUGAAAUGGCUCAGUAUAUAGAGGAGAAUUUCUUGAGCAAACAAGCUGAAACUGUACGUAAAUUGUCUGGUUAUACAAACGACUUGGCCAAGAUGAUGAAUCACAGUGAUCCCUCGUUGGCUGUCUAUUAUUUCGAUGAAUAUUUAAGAAAGCAAUAAAAUUAUUUUAUCAGUAUAAAAUAUUCAUAUAUUUUGAAAACAAAUGUUAUAUUAUAAUUCAGAUCUUGUUAACAACAAGAUCUGAAUUAUAAGGAUUUUAAUGUAAAUUAUAAAAACUAAUUGUAAACAUUUUAAAUUAAUUAGUAUUUUAACAAUUCAGAAUGUUAUACUAUACAAUCUUAAAGAUUUUUCAUAUAUCGAUUUUAAAAAUUGUCUUUUAUAAGGAAUUGGUUAAUUAUUAUUUCACCAUUAUUUGAAUACGAUUUCCAAAGUGUUAUUGAACACAGAGAGAAAUUUACGCUUUAAAUUUACACAUGAAUUUUUCAAUAACAUCCGCUGUUAAAUUAUGUACGAAUAGUUGUCAAAUCAACAAUAAAAAUAUAAAAAAUACACCAAGUUAUCAUAUC